GCGCCCUUCACUCCGUUAUAUCCAGGCUUUAAGAGAGCAGGUGCACGGAAAAGAGAGAGGUUAAGCAUCACGACGGAUAAUUAGCAGCAUAAUCUGAUUUUACAGCAACGAGGCGUUUGUUUAUUUAUUUAUUUCCCCCCCCGUGUGACAAGAAGAUGGUCGCCAAGCAGAGGAUCCGAAUGGCCAACGAGAAGCACAGCAAGAACAUCACACAGAGGGGCAACGUGGCGAAGACCCUGCGACCACAAGAGGAGAAGUAUCCAGUGGGACCAUGGCUUUUGGCACUCUUUGUUUUUGUUGUUUGUGGAUCAGCCAUCUUUCAAAUCAUUCAGAGCAUCCGAAUGGGAAUAUGAGUUCUGCACCUCCUCUACACAUCCAUGAGAUCUGCGCCCACCAUUAGGCACCGUAGUAGGGGGAAACUGGAGGCUGCAAGUCUGAUCGUCAGCUGACUGCUAAGGAACAGAGAGUCCUGUGCACAGUAUAUGACAUUGCCAUUCACUUGUUUACAAUGUACCUGGAUGAUGGGAACAAGCACUUUUCUACUGAACCAUUGUGGCUAGCUUGCCCCUCCUCCUGUCUGAUCAUAUUUGUGCAAUAGAAUGUGUGCGCUUUUGUAAACAUUAAAUGUUGUGGCACAUUUUGUUUGUACAUGUUUGUUCUAUCAGUGUCCUGGUAGACAGUUUUGAAAAUAAAUUCUACACACUUGGAAAA